AUGCUCAUCUAUUUGUGCGGCACUACACUCAAAUACAACGAUCCACACCGUCAACCAACACCCACAUCACCGACCACAAACCUUCCUCUCUACAUCAAGAAGGGCACAAUGCUGUCCAAGACCCAGGCCCACCAACAACUCCCCGUAAUCCACCUCGGUGUAGCCCACCCUGAGUCCUUCCCACUUGUCAAGGACUUCCUCUAUACCAACAACACCUCCGAAAUUGUCGUCCCCUCUGCCAGUUCUUCGUCCAACGUCACCUCGAGCACACACCUCACUCACGUGUACUCGCUCCCCAUUGCACCCAAUACCGCCUCACCCUCCAAAUCCUCAACUUCCAACCCUAAUCUCAUAUCACCUACUUCCACUUCCGACGCUACCACCAUCACUCUCAACCCCACCCCCUACACGACCUCGACCUCCGCCACACCCACAAUCACCCAAUCUGCCUACGCCACCAAAUGGCCAAAAUACACGCACCCGCCAAAAUACACGCACCGGCCAAUAAUGUGGCACCGAAGAUUGUUGAGAUGGAAGAGAAGGAGGGCGCAGAGGCCGCUGGUGGUGCUGGUGGUGUUGGUGGUGUUGGUGGAGCGGUGGUGGGAGUGGGAGAAGGAUGAGUGGGAGAAGGCGUUGGAGGGGAGAGUGCCGGCUGCGACGGAUUGGGGAGGGUUUGUUGCGUUGGAGGAUCGAUUGAAGGUCGAGGUGUACGCGAACGGGAGCAAAAAUGCGAGGGUGAAUAGAAGACGGAGCAGGGGUAGGAACAGGCCGUCGCAGGACGUAUUAAACAUGCAGACGAAGCUGCUCGACGUGAUCCGCAAGUCGGUCGUCGAGGCCGCCACAAACCCCCUCGUCCUCAAACUCUCACUCAAACUCACAUCUCCCUUCCUCUCUGUCCUCGCAACCAGCCCCUCCUCCUCCACCCCUCUCAUCAAGCCCAACCCGACCAACCGCCCAAACCACCAACCUCACAACACCCACCCACGCCCAACACCUCGUCUCCAAAGUCCGAGACUCGCUCUCGCUCUCGAACCCGAGGAGAAGGAGAAUGCGAAGGAGAAGCAAGAGAAAGAAAGGGCAGAGCUGGAGUAG